CUCAUCACCGAGCGCGUGGUGCGACAUGACUGGACUAUCUUCUCAGCAAACUACAAACUACUACUACUACUACUACUACAAGCUUCCAAGAUUAUUCUAACAACUAAUACAAAAUAACAAAAUAACACCUCAUUUAGCGAAACACUCAAAUCAUAUAUGGGCUGAUUCGAUUCGCCGUCGUCUUCUCUUUACGAGAAUCAUGACGCUACUGAAUUCUGUAGUUACAGUGGCUAAGCCGCGCCAUCGACGAUAUGUAUAACCAACGCAGGAUCGUGCGGAGGCUGCUUGGCCGACAGCUUACCGAUACUCCUACCGAUGGGAAUAUAGCUGUCACUAGCUCACCCGUUCCUCAAUCUUAUCGACCUAAUGCCUCUCAAAAUGCCACAUACCCCUCCGCUGUACCAAUAGCCUGUCUCGAUCGGUCCCCGGAUGGUCAUGCCGCCGUGCUCGGUGGCCGCCAUGUUCUCAAGACAAUUUAUUUUGAUGGCCUGAGCAUUAAAGAAGGUGUCGAUGUGCGCUCUGUCAUUACUGCUCAGUUCGCAAACAAGAGCAACGCUGCCAGUUCCGUGUCCGAUCAAUUGUCCAUCAAAGACGUCAAGUUAGCCCCCAACCAUGGCAACGACCUUACUGUCUUUACCGCUUGCGCCAACGGAAAGAUCUUUAUGUACGACAUCGGUCGCUUGGGUAUGGGAUCUGGGCUUGAGUUCAUCCAAACCAAAGAGGAUUCGCGCCAGAUCAAUACACUAGACUUCAACCCUCAUAAUGGAACAUGGUUAUUAUCCGGAGGGCAGGAUGGCACGGUGCGCUGCUUCGACGUGAAAACGCCCAUACCUGGACGAAGUGGUCCGACUUUUCGUAAUUGGCAGGCUUUCCGUUGCAACGCCGAUGGAGUUAGCGAUGUAAAAUGGUCGCCUAAAGACGGUAUGACUUUUGCCUGUGCGACAGAUUCCGGCGUCGUUUUGAAAUGGGACAUCCGGAAAUAUUCCGCGCCUCUCCUCAAGAUUAACGCCCACGAUACGCAGAAAGGCGCCUCCUCUAUAUCAUGGCACGCCGAUGGUGAACAUUUGAUCAGUGCUGGGUUGGACAGUAAAUGCUACGUUUGGGAUUUGUCGGAUAAUGCCGAAAAGAGACAGAAGCCAAAGUGGACUAUAAGUUGUCCGGCGCCCGUCACAUCCGUGGUCUGGCGGCCUGGUCUUUGGUCUGCUACUGCCCGAGGGCGACGUGCAGCUCAGGUCGCUGUAUCCUAUGAUGAAGGGGGGCAUGUUAAGAAAUACGGCAUUAGCUCCGUGCACAUCUGGGAUUUGGCACGUCCGACCAUGCCGUAUAAGGAGAUAGAUAUAUUCGAUAACUCGCCUAGUGCUCUGCUUUGGCACGACCAGGACCUUCUGUGGACUGCCGGCCCUGAUGGGUUUUCCCAGUGCGAUGUUGCGUUUGCCCCCAAAGUUAUGGACCGCCAAUCACUUUCAAGUCUUGAUUUCUCCGCUCGGGGAGAAGUGCUCAUGUUUCUCGAGGAGAGGAUACGAUUACCCCGACCACGCCCUACAACAAUGGCGCAUCAAGGCAUGCCAACUUCUUCUUACAGUUCUAGUCCUACUGGCCAGAUGCUCAGUAUUAGUCGCAGUGACUCCGAAGAGGACGUUAUAGGCAGUUUUCUCGGCACAAGACGGCGCGUAACUGAGAAACGCCGAGCGGGCAAUCGCACUUCUCAACCCAUCAGCAUGACACCCCGUUCCAGUUCGGGCAUUGAGGAUCAAGUCAUUUCUUUGGACCAAGCAAUGAAAUUGACCGACCCUUUUAGGCCACAACAAGUCAUGGCCAUCGGCCAGAUUCCUGGUGCCCCAAACAUACAAAUUUAUGGUUAUCUAUCAGCGCAAUAUCUGGACAUCCUCGAACAGGAUUUACCACGUACGAAAGGGGGGAAACCGUUGAAUGAGAGAGUUGUUGGCAUUAUGGAACGAUAUGCGCGAGCUUCUGAAAGCGUCAGCCAACACCGCCUAGCACAGACGUGGCGUAUAUUAGCUUAUGCCAUUGACCUACUAUUAUCACGGAGGUCUUUAUACCACCUAGAACACCGUCUAUUUCGCCGUGAGAGGCCUCCCGCCAGCCCCGAUCAUGGUCCAUUUGAUUUUGGGUUGAUGAUCCCGAAGACAAAUAUGUCACCAAAGUUAAAAGUAGGUGGGGAUGAUACACCAAGAAAGCCGUCGUCCGCGGCAUCUCUAGACAACCGUCAUCCUCUAGGGAGGUCAUUCCUUGCAGAGGAUCUCGAUAGCGAGUCGAAUGUCCCUACCCCAUUAGCUCGGCCGGUCAAGGAAGAUGCUAGCAAUAACUAUAGACAUGCUGAUGGAAAUAAGUUAACUACGGUUCACGAAAUGGAAAGCUUUACUUUGCCACCCACCAUCCUCCCAGAGAGCUUCGGUCAGCGCAAACGGCUCGAUUCAACAUCUCUCUCAACAUUGAGUCCGGAUAGUCAAAGGUCGAACACGGAGGGGUACGACUUCUACGACUUGAAUGCCAUCGAGAAUAUCCCUGCUGGAGCGAUUGACGUUCCGAUGAAGAAGGGCUCCCUGACUCUUGGUAGCGAAGAACCAGGGAGUCUAACCGGGGGGCGCAAACCAAUGCCUAGGACUGACUCCGACGAGAGCUAUGCUCCAAUAUUUUCUCUAUCUGUCACAAGUAGGCAAGCAUCGGUCCUCACCGGUUCAUCCGGCACGACCAUUGAUCAAACACCCCGAAAGUCUAAGCAGAAUAACCAAAGCCCAGACGAAACAGAAGAAGAAUACGGAAGCAGAAUUAGAGGUAAACAAAUUGGAGAGUCACCCGAUGAUAUAAGAUAUUCCUUUCGGCAGGGGUUGGAACGACAAGAUUCCGAUACCUUAACAGACUACAAGAUCUCUCAAACUACCAGUGAUACUCUUGAUAGCGCUCAGUCACGAGACCUGGAUAAGCACCAUUCUAUAGAGUAUUCAGUCCCAAAGCUAAUGUUACCAAUAUCUUCCCCUACAGCCCAACCUGAAGACCACCAAUCACCUCAUAUUACGGAGACCGAUUUUCUUCCUUGGCUAGACGAUCCUCCAUACCCACAUCCCAUAGCCAUUGAAUAUAAGGCAAAGGUGCCUAUUCCGCCAUUCAAUCCGUACGAUGUAUUAUCGCGAGCUCUGGAUUUUGAGUCCAAACGUUCUGCGUUAAAUGCGUCUGCCAUCGUUCUUCUCCUCAAACCUCUUGUCCCCGACGAUGUGAUUGACCCCUAUCAAGCAGCGGCGAUUGUCAGGAAACACCAUAGCCGACUUAUGGGCAUGAAGUUAUUUGUUGAAGCUGCUUUGCUGCGUAACAUCUGUGUUCGCGGCUGGCCCAACGGUCUGGAGGCCUGGGGCGACAAUUAUACUUCUGUUUUUGCCCCAGCGCAACAGCGAGUUUCAGCAGCAUUUGCCUGUUCUCAGUGUCACAAGCCUCGAGAAAUCGACCGUUCGAAUCCGGAUGGUCCUGGGGUAUGGAAGUGCGAGCGCUGCCGCGCUGUAAUGGCACCAUGUGCCGUUUGUGGACACCGGGACGCUACGGCCGAUCCACUUCCGCCAGCGUCGGUGUCGGAAGGUUUGGCAACGCCUACAUCCAACCUAUCGAAGGAGCCGAUACUUUCCACUUGGUGGUACUGUCCUGGUUGCUCUCAUGGCGGGCACGCGAACUGCUUGCAAGAUUGGCACGCCCCCGUUGGGCCAAAGGAAACCUACUCGUCUGCAUCAGUUCAUCCCAUGGACGGCCCCUUCCCAGAGACAAACAGCGACGGGUGCUGCCCCUUCGACGGCUGCGGACACGCAUGCCUCCCCGGGAGAUGGCGCAACGAGAGCACUACCUCCCGCACAGAAGAGCUAAACCGCGUAGUACGCGAACAAACCCGCAGCUCCAUCGGCAGCGUCAUCGGGUACAAGAAGAACAGCGCCAACGACCGGAGAGGUUCCGGCCAUCAUGCCAGAGACUCCCUAGCCGCAGCACAAGCCACCACCAUCCGCGGCGACGCCAUCGAAGUCCCGCAAAGUAGAGCCGUCGAAAGCGUCAGGGAAGCUCUCUCCGCGGCUGAUAUCGGCGGCGGUGCCGCUAGCGCUGGCAGUGGCAGCGGAGCGGGCCAUAGCACGACCGCAGGAGGAGGGGGGGGACUUCUCGGGAUCCUGAGCUCGAGUCCCGGACGCGCGACUAUUGGGGCCGGAAGCAGUGCCCCGGAGCGCAGGAAGAGCGUUAAAUUUGCUGGGGCGGGGCCGGGGGAUAGGCGAUAGGUGGUGAUGUAGUGUAUAUCUACCUAACCUAGGUGCUGAGGUACAUAUGCUUGUACAAACCUGUAUAUUGAAAACGAGGAUGUUACACGGCGUUUUGCUGGUUGUGUUGUUGAGUGUCUUUUCUGAGUUGAGGGGUGGUGUCAGCGCUCUGGUUACUACAUACCUAGGUACAUACAUAACUUACUUGCAUGCCCAGAGAAGCGAGUGCAGCGGGUUCGAGCCCGUGUGGCUGAUGUUUGCGUUGUAUUGGAUUGGAUUGGGUUGGUAUAGUUGGGGUGUAUGAAUAGGGGGGUACGAUGGAGCGAGAUAGGGGUAGGGUAGGUAGUGAGUGAGUGUAUUAUAUGUCAUACCUACAUAGUAUACCGAGACCUUCUCAACAAAGGGGGGGUUAAUAAUUCGAAAUUUUUAAUAGGUAAGAUUAGGUAUCGUCGAUUCAAUGUUUGGAGGAGGGCUGCUUAUUUGUGGGCGUGUCUAGGUACGGUGUGGUAUGGUACUCUAGGUAUGUAAGUAGGUAGGCUAAUUGAAUCAAGAUCGUGGUG